AUGAGCUCACCGAUCGACGACGAGCUCGACCCGGUUUGCUCGGGUUGUGACUUACUGAUCGAGGAGGGCAGUGUCGUAGCCUUUGGAGAGGGACUAUGGCAUAUCGAUUGCUUUAGAUGUGCGAGAUGUCAAAAUUUGGUAGAAUACGAUUCAAACAUAUUAUUACUGUCCGAUGGGAGUCCAAGAUGUGAGAACUGUUCAUACGACUGUCAUAUAUGCGGACAGCCAAUACUCGGUGAAGCAGUAACGACAGGCGAUGAAAUGUUUCAUGUUGAUUGCUUCCGAUGUGAACAAUGCCAAAUGAAAAUAGAGGAGCCAGUCUUCGUUAAGACCAGUCAGGGAAUGUAUUGUAUGCCUUGUCAGAAAGAGAAUAAAAUACGACGACAUAAAGAGAAGAGUGACAAACAGAUGCUUUCAGCUCUUCAGACACCUAACUCAAUUCAACAAAAUCCGCCUUUAAACUCCAAACGCGGUAUUCAUUCAACCUUCCCGUCCAAAAUUUACAAUAAUGAACUCAUACCCCCUGUCGAAAACGCAUUUAGCAUUCGUCAAUCACGAUUAAUAGAUACAACGUCACUAAGCGAGAUAUUUACGAGGCAAUCGAUUGUGAACGUUCCCGCACACGCUACGAGUCCAGGAAGGAUGAAUAUUGGCAGUAACCCUGGUGGUAACAGCAACGAUAUCUCAAUGGACCAGCCAAAGAAAGCCUCAAAACGUAGCGAAUCAUUCGACUCCCUGCACGGCAUUCGGUUAUUACGUAAUCGCAAUGCAUCGAUCGGAAGGUCAGGCACGCACUUCCGCAGUCCAUCAAUGAAUACCAUAAAUUAUACACACAGUGAGACACGGAAGAGCUCGAGAUCAUUUUCAUUAACAAGUUCACAUAGCGAUAGCUUUGGUUUAUCACACAGACUACAUGCGUCAUCUUACCGAUCCAGCGAGAAGAUCUACGAUAAAACCAACGAUAAUCCACUCUAUCGUGAAACCGGUUCUGGCUUCCACUCCCCCGAAGAUACGAGUGUGGUAUCUUCGGCAGCAACUGUCCCAAAAUCAUCUUCGGUCUCCUCCCGAUCAGCCCCACCUUCAUCUCCUCGCUCCCAAUCUCCGGGAACACCUCAUUCCUCAUCUCCAAUUAGUCCUUCUAAAGGACUACGCCAUGCGAAAAGUUUUACUUCUGGCAUGGAAAAUGGACCCCCGGUAUUACCUCCACUGUCGUUCGAUAUUAACAAUGAGGGCGAUCUGAUUAAUCUUGUUGCUAGUGCAACCUCGAACACAGAAGUUGGAAAACGGUUUCCGAGGAAAUUUACAGAUUUAAGAAAUACAACGGAGCAUGAGAGUAUGAAAGAUAAAGUUGAUGGUGAGAUUGUAAACAAAGGUUCCGUGAAUGAUUCUGGGGAUAGUCUUUUUGGCAUAUCACCGUCAUCUUCUGUGAAGAGACAAAACGGAAAUUCCGCGAAACUGCCAGACAGAAAUAUACAACAUUUUAAUCCUAGGAGUGAAGAAGAAAAAGUGGACGAGCUAGACAUGGAGGAGUUAAAGGCGGAGCUUUUGGCUACUAGGAGGAGACUGGCUGACGUUGAGAACAGCUAUAAGCAGCUCAAGAUAGUCAGCAAAGAGGCAUUGGAUGACUUUAGCGUGGCAAAAGAAGAAUUUAAUCGCGAAGUGGAACUCCGCCAAGAAGCUGAAUUUUCGAUCUAUGAGCUACGCACUCAGCUAGGAGUGCAGACAAGGAGAAAUACAGAGCUGACUCGUGAGAAGAAGGCUCUGGAGAAUAUUAUUGAGGAGUCACAUGCGUUGAAUUCGGAAUUGGAGGAAACUAAACGAAAUUUGGAGGCGAUGAGUCUGCAGAGGGAGUUAAUGAUUAAGGAGAUUGAGGGAUUAGCGAAUGAAAAGCAGGCUGGUCUUGCCAGAUCCUUCCCUCAUGAAUUAGAACCAACGGACCUUCCAUCUUCGUUAGCCAAACACAUUUCUACUCACCUCGAUGAAGUAAAGCAGGGCUACAUCAUCGAUAUAAAGCUUCUUCAGAAUGAGCGUGAUAGAUUAAAGAAAGAGACCGAACAGCUUUGCAGGGAUCGUGACCAAUACAUUGAAGAAGCAAAAACACUGAAUGCAAAGAAUCGAGAAUUAGCCGAGUUAAACAAUGAAUUGACGCGGCAGAUUGAUGGUCAUCAGAAACGAGAUAAGAUUAAUAAUGCCUUUAAUUUCUUUACGAGAUCAAAAUCACCCGUAGGAAGCCUUCAUUCCGAGAAUGGAGUGUCUACUAGCACACAUGGGCAUUUACGCAGUCCGUUGCCAUAUACAGUUGAGAAUAUUUCUGAAUCGAAUAAUACAGCUACUCGCGUUGGAAGAGGAGAAUGGUCUAAGAAAUUCGGACGGAGAAAGGCGAGCGUUUUCAGCAUCCUUCGACCUGGUGCUACAGCACCAAUUAUUACUGCGCCUAUCCCUGUAACAAGUACAUUGUCAGAUACCAAGAUGUUUCUUCAAACGCCCGAUAAUUUCAACGCUUAUAAUCUCGCAAACGGAGAGCAUAGGAGGACAAAAAGCGAGUCUUCCAAUGGUAAACAUAAAUGGCACCAGGAUUCGUUCUUUAGGCCAAUCAAAUGUGAAUGUUGUCAGGAGAAGAUAUGGGGGUUGGAGGCUAGAUGCGAUGCAUGUGGACUAGCAUGUCAUAAUAAGUGUGUCGGAACGCUGUCAAUAGGAUGUUCCGGUUAUCCUGGAACAUUCUCUACUGAUUCCGAGGAAAUGGUUAACAUGACUACGGUGACCGUGUUUGGAGUCGACCUUGCCAAACAGCUGGAGGUGGAAGGACGUAAGAUACCGUUGUUAGUCGAAAAGUGUAUUACUGCUAUCGAGAACAGAGCUAUGGAUUAUGAAGGCCUAUAUCGUAAAGCUGGUGGCAAGAUUUUGAUGCGGACAAUAAUAUCAGCUUUCCAGCGUGGGGAGGACAUUGAUCUGAAUAAUACAGAUGAAUAUAAUGACAUUUCAGCAAUAACAAGUGUUCUUAAACAAUAUCUCGGAGAAUUACCUGAUCCACUUCUGACGACUGUUCUAUAUCCCAAGUUUAUUGAGGCAGCCGGCUGCCAAUAUGCGGACAAAAAGCUAGACUUGUUUAAAAAAGCCAUUGCUCUUCUCCCGGCUGGUAACUAUGCAACUGCCAAUUAUCUCUUGGAACACCUGUACAGAGUUAAGCGUAACGGAUCGGAGAAUCUCAUGUCAUCUACGAGUCUCGCAAUCGUGUUCGGACCCACAAUACUCAAAGCAUCGGAUCCUGCUACAGAGAUUAAAGACAUGGGUUUGAGGAAUGCAGCAGUCGAGUUUUUGAUUGAGAAUGUGGAUGCUUUAUUCCCAUCACAUGUCAAGCCACGUGAAGAUGGAUUUUUGUGA